CGCGUCGAAUUUUCCAACCGUCCAGGUGAGCAGGGAAUAAGACGGCAGGGCGCGUUGAAAAUCGCCAUCCUCGCCCACAUCACUCUGUGUCCUAUACCGCCCGCCCAUCUCUACGCCCGCCCACCCGCUCACAAGCUUCCUAGUCUUGCCAUCGCAGUCUCUCGACAGAAGCGCAGACGACGAGCAGCACACCACGGUGCUCCCGACGAAACAACACGCGCACGCAACCCGAUCUCCCAUCUCCCACAGCCGCCCGCCCGCGAGCCACGCGCCGUUCCUGAACCGCAGCCAUGUCGCGACACCACCCCGAUCUGGUUAUGUGCCGGAAGCAGGCGGGCGUCUCCAUCGGCCGGCUCUGCGACAAGUGCGACGGCAAGUGCCCUGUCUGCGACUCCUACGUCCGCCCGACCACGCUCGUGCGCAUCUGCGACGAGUGCAGUUUCGGAAACUACCAGAACAAGUGUGUCGUGUGCGGUGGAGAGGGUAUAUCGGACGCCUUCUACUGCUUCGAGUGCACACGCUUGGAAAAAGACAGAGACGGUUGCCCCAAGAUUAUUAAUCUUGGAAGCUCUAGAACUGAUCUAUUUUACCAAAAGAAAACAAACAGGACAUACUGACCUCGGAGCGGCCCGGCCUUGGGCCGCACUGCGUCGUAUGUCCUGUAUGAGCUCUGGACGUUUUCGGGGCACUAUGAUGGGAUCCUCCGGGUCAUGUAUGCUUGGCGUUAUCCGGCGUUAUAGAGUGUGAAUUUGCAAGACGAGGAUAAGAAAGGCAUCUGGUUCUUCAUUGAGAUAUCACCUAGAUGAACAAUAAGAAGGAACGGCGCGCACGCCAACGCAGAUCUUAUUGCCCAUUUCCCCAUGUACGAAUGGUUCCCAGAUCUAAUGGUGGGGAGAGUACCAUGUCGCGACGCGUAGAACGUAAAACGAGCAUGCAAGCUCGUAAUGAUAUCUUCCUACCCAGGGCGUGGGCUACCGUAGCUCAAAAAGGCGUCCGUUUAUCUGCAGAUACGGCCUCAAAAUGAACAAAGAUCCCUCAAGACGGCCCCCAUUACCGCUUUCAGGUCAUGUAGAUAUCGAUGGCAC